AUGUCGAACGAAAUGCCAAUUUAUAGUCAAAUAGUACCAAAAUCGCAAUAUCGCGCGAAGAAUUCGAAGUCAACAUCAAAUCGCGCCCAAAAUUUGGCGCGAACAGAUUUCGAUCCAUUGAAUUAUAAUAAUGGUGGGAAUUUUCAAAUGAUGACACCCAUAGAGAAGGUAGAGAAAACAGAUAAGAAAGAGUCGAAGAGAUCGCGAGACGAGACGAGCAGGGGGAGGAGAACCCAGAAUAGGAACGAGGCCAGCGAGAGCAAAGUGGAGGCGUAUUUGAGGCAGAAUCAAGUCAGUAUGAGACAACAGCAACAUAGACACUCGGCUGUACGACAAGCGGAGCACAGAGUUAAUCUUAGGUCUUUACCAUUAAACGACGUGGUAACACCACGUGGCCACGAUCGAACUCCGACAGAGCGACAUCGAGGCUUCCCCGAGCGGGAAGGCACGAGGGAACAUCGCCGUGAGAGAGAAAGAGACAGGGAUAAGGACAGGGAUAGAGAUAGAGAAAGGGAUAAUUAUGAUUUCGAUGGCACACCAUUAAGCCCUGUUGCACCGAGGGCACAUGAAAAAGAAUCGAGUCGCCCUGUCCGUAAAUCAUCCUCUGCGCAUAGAGUGAGCGAGACGACAAUAUCGACCGAUAAGAGAAGAUUCUACUGUCGUGAAUGGGCCUUCCAGAAAAUAGCUCAUUGUUUAGAGCAGAGGCCUGUCAGCAAGACUUGCGGAGCUCUUAUUUUAGGUGAAGCGGGGAGUGGCAAGACAGCAUUAUGUCAAGAAUUGAGCGAGCCAGGGCAGGGUCCUCAGGCAAGACAGCAGAGAGCACUGAACAGGAAAUUGCUUGCCAGGCAUUUCUUACAGGGCCACAACGACAGUAGUCUACGACCGAGUGAAUUCGUGCGUUCGCUCGCUAUGCAGAUACUGAGUCAUUCAUCACGACGAGCACGAACUAUGAAUGAACAGGACGGACAGUCUGAACAACAAUCAGACUCGCAAACGAACAGACGUAAUUCUGAAGAAGAGAACCUGGUUAGCCGUUUCCGAGGACUCGGAGACGACAUGGAGGAGAUCUCCAAGCCUCUACUCGCUGAUAGUGAAGACCAACGUACAGACGAGGAGGACGGUGGAAGCGGUCGUCGUCGCCGCACCAUCGAGCGACUGCACGAGCGCGCUGCAUACAGGGACGCCAUCGCUGACGCACAGCUCAGCCGCGCCGACGAGGUGCCAGAAAUUCUACCCCGUGCGAGCGUAAAACCGACCAACCCAUGCACGAAUGAUGAAAAAGACUCAGAUUUACGUCUUUAUGAGAACCACGAAAAUCUAUUCCUACGUAAUAUAUCACAGCGACAAUCUAAAGAGCUAAGAAAUUCCAGACUACUCCGUCAAAGCUCCGAGCCAUUGACCGAGAAAAAGCAGGUUGUACUACAAAAAAGUUUGUCAACAGAACAAAAGAAUGAUAGUGCGAGCGAAACUGAUAGACCAAAAGUUGAGAAUAGUCCUCCAAAGUCCAGGAUCCCUGUGGCUAACUUUCGAUAUCCUAACAAAAGCGAUUUACGGUCCGCGGAAAAUUCUCCGAAAAAGACUGACAAGGAAGACACAAAGGAAGAAGAAUUACCAGAAUACCAGAAUAUCGUUAAGCCCAAUUCAUCACCACUUCUGGAUAACCAAACACAUGAGUUGGAAGUGUUAUUGGAGAAAAAGAGGUCGCAAAACGAUGAUGUUCCUCCGCCUAUACCGAGUCUACCUAUAAGUCCUAGAACUUUAAUAGCUAAUGCAUAUUAUGACAAGUUGCUGUCAGAACCUGAGAUUCAGCAGGCGUUGCUGCCUCACAAUUUGGAUAAGAAUCCUGAUGAAUGCUUUAAGAAGGCGUUGCUAUUUCCUUUGUUAGAAAUAGAUCCUCCUAAGCAGUGUUUGUUUUUGCUCGUGGAUGCUAUCGACGAGGGAACUGCCAAUGGUCUAACUUCAGAGGACCGAGAAGGUGAAGGAGCCAGCACCGUUGCAGCAUUACUAGCUCGUCAUCAGCAUCUGUUCCCACAGUGGUUACUUUUGGUGUGUACUGCUAGGAGGCAUUCUAGGACCUUUACUGGCAUGUUCACAGGGUUCCGGAAAAUCUCUCUGGACGAGUUGCAGCGUGCUCACGUGGCGGCCGACGUGCAGCGAUAUGUCCUUGCGCGACUCGAUGCCGAGCAUCGAUUACGUGCCCGGGUAUCGAGCGACUCUACAGCGGCGGCUGCUGCCGCGGCCGCACUCGACCAUCUACGCAUCAAGAGCGACGGCUGCCUGCUUUACCUGGAGAAGGUCUUAGAUGGAGUAGCGGACGGAUUCAUCGCCCUCCGAGAGAUCCGCGAGAUACCUGGUACCCUCAAUGGGCUGUAUCUAUGGCUCGCGCAGAGACUCUUCCAUGGCAGACGAUUUACUAAGGUCCGCCUAUUACUGGAUGUGCUAUUGGCAGCCCGUUGCGGUGUCACUGAGGAGAUGCUAUAUAAGUGUUUACUAACUAAGGAAUACAGCGUCACAAGAGAAGAUUUCAAUAGGCGGUUACAUCUGCUUAGACGGAUCCUGGUCAUGGAGAGGAGUACGGGAUACUUGUCGAUCUUCCACCAUUCCUUCGCCAAGUGGCUGGUAGAUGUGAAGCAUUGCACACGCAGAUACCUGUGCUGCCCCGCGGACGGUCAUGCCGCACUGGCUAUGUACUACACGCUGGAUGCUAAGAGAUUGACCGCGCUUGAAAUACACAAUUACAUAUUUCACAUGACAAACCUUGAGCAGCAUUUGAUGACUCAGAAGAAGAGCAAAAACAGCGAACAAUCAGAUGAAACGGUAGAUCUGCACACGCUUUUCCUGUUGUGGGUUUUGGAUUCCGGUUGUGACGUUGAAGCCGCACUCAAGAGAGAGAGCGACACUAUCAAACAGUUUGAAGCAUUUGACGCACAGAAAGAAGAUAGUAAAUCCGAAGAGAGAGAAGCGGAUGCCGAAUCUGAAGGCAAAGAAUCACCUUCAGUUACAGGCGACCAGUCGACUUUAGAGACGAUAAUGCCUGAACUCGUAUCUGGAUCGGGUGGAGCGCACUGGCCACGUGACCGGCGGGUAUUCAGAACUCUGUUGGAGCUAAGUAGAGCAGAUUCAGUGGUCGCAGAGAGUGAUGCCGACGAGAUACGUGCGCUGCUAAAUACAGACCAACCGGAAACUGAGGAGAGCCAGGAGAUUAACGAAGAUGAACAAGUAGAACCAGAGUUACUGGAUCCAAACUUAGUACACGAACUCGCUGCUAAAGGGGAUGAAGAUACUCUUAUUGCGCUAUUAAAGCGGGCGCCGCAGCUGGCGAGCGCCGUGGACGGCGCGGGCAGCUCGGCGCUGCACGCGGCGGCGCGCGCGGGCCGGGCCGCCGCCGCCGCCGCGCUGCUGCGGGCCGGCGCCGCCGCGGGCGCGCCCGACGCCGACGGCUGGAGCCCGCUCCGGGCCGCCGCCUGGGCCGGACACACAGAGGUCGUUGAAGUGCUAUUAGAAUACGGGUGUGACGUGGAUUGCGUAGACGCUGAUAACAGGACAGCUCUAAGAGCGGCAGCAUGGUCGGGCCACGAGGCAGUGGUGUCUCGGUUAUUGGCGGCCGGCGCGAAUCCGGACAAAGCGGAUGCGGAGGGACGAACGCCACUCAUAGCAGCUGCGUACAUGGGCCACGCAGAUAUAGUCCGUGCUCUUUUAGACGCAGGUGCUGAGAUCGAUCACGCUGAUGAAGAUGGUCGCACGGCGCUGUCGGUAGCGUCGCUGUGCGCUACGGGCGCUGCUUGCGCUGCGUUACUACUCGAGCGUGGUGCAGACGUAUCCAAGGCAGACAGAGACAACGCCACACCCCUACUCGUCGCCGCCUUCGAGGGACACACCGAGACGUGUGAGCUGCUGCUAGAGGCAGAAGCCGAUGCCGAGGCGGCUGACGGCGCCGGGCGGACGGCACUGUGGGCGGCGGCCGCAGCGGGACAUGCUCGUACACUCCGCCUGCUGCUGUUCUGGGGCGCAUGCGUCGACUCCAUGGACGCAGAAGGCCGCACCGUACUCAGUACUGCUGCUGCACAAGGUAACGUAGAGGUGGUGCGGCAGUUACUGGACCGUGGUCUCGAUGAACACCACAGGGACAAUUCAGGAUGGACACCGCUGCACUACGCCGCUUUUGAAGGUCAUAUCGAAGUAUGUGAAGCUUUACUUGAAGCAGGCGCAAAAGUGGACGAAGCAGAUAAUGACGGCAAAGGAGCCCUAAUGCUGGCCGCGCAGGAGGGUCACACCAGACUCGUGGAGUUACUAGUGGACGAGUGGGGUGCACCAGUUGAUCAACAUGCUCAUGAUGGAAAGACUGCUCUCAGGCUGGCGGCGCUGGAAGGUCACUUUGCGACGGUGCGUGCACUCGUGUCACGCGGUGCCAGCGUGGAUGCGCUGGAUGCCGACCGCCGCAGCGCGCUGUACGUGCUCGCGCUCGACAACCGGCUCGCCAUGGCGCGCUACCUGCUCGCGGACUGCGGCGCAGACGUCAACACCACCGACACUGAGGGUCGAACUCCAUUACACGUGUCGGCGUGGCAAGGGCACACAGAAAUGGUGAAUUUACUAAUAAAAGUUGGUGGCGCUGUAGUGGACGGACGCGAUCGCUGCGCACGAACAGCACUGCAUGCUGCAGCCUGGCGCGGGCGGGCCUCCGCCCUGCGAGCUUUACUGCAGCACGGCGCCUCCCCCGCCGCCGUGUGCACGCAGGGCGCAACUCCACUAGGUAUAGCAGCCCAAGAAGGUCACGAGGAAUGCGUGCUAUGGUUACUGCAACACGGUGCCGAUCCGUUACAAGCAGAUCAUUGUGGGCGGACGCCGGCGAAGGUGGCUUGGCGAGCGGGGCACGCCAGCAUCUGCCGCCUGCUGGAGCGCUGGGCGGCGCCCUCCGCCCCCGCGCCGCCCUCCGCCCCCGCGCCCGCCCUCGACCUGCAGCAGCCCGCGCGCCCGCCCAGCGCUGGUUCUCCAGAGUACAAGCGUCGCAGCGUGCACAGUUCUAACUCGACCAAGUCAUCUUCAAACUUGACUGCGGGCUCGGGCCGUUCGCACGACCACCACGAACAUAACACUGAUCACGUCCACAAUACACAUGAUAAGCCUAGUCGCACAAAUCUGUCUCUCUCGUUCACGCAACAAGUAGCUCGGUGCGGCCGAGGGAGAAGGGAUAAAGAACGAGAUAGUACAAUACCGGAACACCAUGUGGUAGAAAAGGACUCUAAAUUGAGGAGUUACGCAGCGAACGAGCGAGAUGCAGAUAUCCGUGGAUACGCGUGCGAGCGGGACAGACGGCGUGAGGAGCGGCAUUACGGCGGGUACGACAGAGAUAACAUGAGUCCGUUGUAUGCGUCGCCUCCGCGGAGCCCUGUCAGCGAUAUAUGCAGCCCUACGCAGCCCACACAUGCUUUUGGAUCUCAGCCUCCGAGUCUGACUAAUCAGCCGAUACUGACGGACACUCAUUUCAAUCGGGACACUCACAUGCGAAUCAUCCUAGGGAGAGACAGCAAGCCGCAGGAUAGAAGUGACAGAGAGGUGUACGCAUCGAAGGGUCGCCUUGCAUACAACCGGAUAGUGGGCACUAUUGGACGAGCGAGAGGCAGGAUAUUUAAGAAAACUAAGAGCAAGAGGAACGGCAUAGUCACAAAUCCAGCUAUGAGACUCGUAGCUAACGUGCGUAAUGGACUAGAUAACGCUGCAGCCAAUAUUCGACGCACGGGCGUGGCCCUAGCAGCCAGCGCCAGUUCUGCCAACCCCGCUGUCAAAACAAAUGCCUUCCAGUGGAGGAAGGAGACACCACUAUAAUAUAAACCGAGGUAGAACGAGACGGACAUAGAACAGCUCAGAAGAGCUAGGGUGAUUUGUUCAAAUGUGUGGAUAUUUCUCCAAUGGGUGGCUUCUAAUAUUCCAAUAUUGGAUCGAAUAGAAGUCAGAUAUUGGGAAUAAUUUGCAAUAAUAACGAUUAUAAAUAUUUAAUAAAUAGUUAUAUUUAAAAAUAAAACUAUUAAAUAUAUACUCUAAUUAAGAAAUAUUUAUUGAAUUAAAAUGACAAAUGUAUGAGUAAAUUAACUUUAGAACUUAAUAAAAAACUAAUAACUUAAUGUUAUUAUUACGAGUUUUUGGUAAAAAGAUAUUUAAAAUUGUAAUUAUUUAUUUAAUCUAAUAGAAACACAAUGGUUUAUUUAUGGAUUAAUUAUAUAGUCAUGUCAGUAACGAACGAAUUUUUGAAUGAUAAAAUAUUGGAUCCAACAUUGGAUGAUUAGAGCCAACCUGUGGACAGUCGAAAAGACACCAUUAAAAACGAACGCUUAACUAACGACUACAUUUAACAGUGAUGGUUCUCUUUAUUUCUUUAUGAGUGUGAAAAUCUUCGUUUUUGUUUCAACACCCUUGUACCUGAUUAUACAUUGUAUAUAAAAUGAGUAAUGAAUUAUGGAUAUACUAAACUAUAUAUUUGUACAGAAUAUAGUUUAACAAAAUUAUUGUCAAUAAUCAAAAAUUAAUUUAAUGACUCGAGUGAUUUCAAUAUUCGGAUGUAGCAUAGGUCCCGCGAGAUUAUCACUAUUAUGUUAUGUUACUAUUCAUAAUUUAAUAUAUAUAUACACAAAUCUACUACUGUCCUAAUAAUAGAGUUUUUCCUCCUUAAUAAUAGAGUAUUCAUGCUGCAUUCCUUAUCAAUCAAUUCGUUUGAAUAUAUUUAGGGGAAACAAUUAUUAGAGCAUGGAGAAAAAUCUUAUUACGCCUAAACUAGGAAUGAAAGGAAUGCCGGGUCAUAUACUAUGGAGGUUAAAUUUGGGCCUGACGUCAUCACUAUGUGGGAUCACAAGUUAACAACACGACUCUUACCUUAGUCUUAAUGAUAUUUAAAAAGGCAUUGAAUAUGUUUCAUAACAUUCCCUUGGAAAACCACUCAAUCUGUAAAGGUUAUAAAUUCGUGUCUUGUACAAAGUAAAGAUUUUAUUCGAAUGUAGAAAUAUAUAAAUAAUGUAUUUUAUAGGUACAUAAGUGUUAAACAAAUAACUGCUAUGUACGUUUUUGUAUUGUAUAACCUUAUACGCCACUGUGGAAGUGAUGCGAUGCUAAAAAAUAUUGAUAUUGUUUAGAAAUAUAUGAUAUAUUCGACUAUAUAUGACGUGGUGAUGUUGUAGAAGAGUAUUUUGGUUUAAAGUGGAGUGUGUAGUCGCAGUAAAAGGUAUAGUGUUACUUUUGUUUUGGUCCGUAAUCGUCCAUCGUAUAUAUAUAUAUAUUACGGUUUUUCUAUAUUUAAACCGAUCCACUAGAUUAAUAUUAGAACAGACAUGCUUGUGAGAAUAGCAACGACGUUAUCAAAGGUUGUUAUUGCUAGGGUUCUUAAUAACUGGUAAUAUUAAUAAUGUCUUAAUACCUAUAAAUGAUAGAAAUGAAACAGCCACCCAAUUUUAAUUACUAAUAUGUAAAUACAGAGUUUGUGUAUUCAAGGUUAUCUGUAUGUAUGUAUUUUUAGAGACAGGUUCAACCGAGCCCGUUCACGCUAGCCUUUUCUAACGUUCGUGGAACAUGUGUGCAGCGAAGAUAUUGCCGCUACGCAAUGUACUGAUCGCGAAAUAAUUACUAAUCACUUAAUAACCCGUUUAGUAUUUAGGUGUUCUUCAUAAGAUUUGCACGUGACGUUUCUUGUAUACGUUGUACGUGACGUUCUAAUACGUCAAUGACGCGACAUCUGCACUACACAUACGAAAAAGGCUAGUCAGAUUUUUUUAUACUACGAUGGUGGCAACGUGCAUUAAGCCAACCCUUAAAAAACCUUAAUAUAUCCUUCUUGAAAAACCUCAUGCAGUAGUUUCGUAGAAAAUUCCGAAUAAAGAGGAUUUCCGACCAAAACAAAAUUAUUAUAAUAUUGAUAGUUAACGAUAAUUCAGUAUUAAAAUAUGCAUUCUAUAUUGUAGCUUCAAAGCGGAUAGUACAAUGAUAAAGAUGCCUGAUCUCAAACGAACAAAGUUAUAGUUUUUUUUACAAAAAUAAAUCCGUAAAAAAUUUAGACGUUUUAUGCAUUUAACUACCGGCGUGAUGUUUGUAUGUUGGGAUAUAUUAUACUAGUCUAGUGACGCGUAUGAUUUCGUCCGCAAAUUUAUAGUAUUUAUCAGCAAUGAUAUAUGUCUUAUGUAACAAAUCAUGUUUUAUAUGCGAUGCACUUUUUCUCUAUACAACUAAGUAACUUUUUUUAUAAAUCUUAUCUCUAACAAAAAGGGGAGCAAUUUCCUAACUAACCCUUUUAUAAACUAACGUUUCCAAUAAAUUGAACGAAAUCUAUGCAGUCUUUGAAUGUAUUGUAUGCACAAGUAAAUGGAUAUUGUCGAAGAAACAGAGUAGUUUUUGAGCUUUUAAUAUGGCAACACCAAUCUAUUGUGACAGCUCAAUGUCCAGAGCCGAAUAAUGAUGCGAAUGUGUGUGUAUUUGUGUAAAAUAAAAGAAACCUGCACUAGUUUGUAUGACUAGCAUAUAAGUGCUUGAAAAAUUACAGCACAGUGCAAUGUGAAUGAGAAAGGAAAAAGGAAUAUAUUUAAUGUAAAAGUCGCAGCUCUAUGUAAUAAUUUAUAUUUUCACGCUAUAUCCUUUGUGUAGCGAAGGUAAGGGGGUAACGAAAUACGAAAUACGUAAUAAUAUUUAAAUUAUUAUUUACUUAUUUAUAAAUUUAAAAUAUAAAUCUGCAUCCUAUAGAUACACAAUACAUUUUAAAAUAAAUAAAUCAAUUUGACUUUAGCCUAGUGGAGAACAUAUUUUACUUUACUUUAAUAAGUAGUGAAAUACAUGGUGCAACGGUUAUUGCAUUUAAUGGGAAAAAUAUUCUUUAAAAUAGUAUUCAAAGAGCAAUGUGACGCAUAAAAAGACUAAU